GAGGCGCCAAAAUCAUUCGAAACAACUUAUACUUCAUUUUGAAUACUUUUCAAUUCUGUGUGAAAUACUUUUUAAAAAGAAAAUUUUAAUUUAUUUAAGUUAAAAUGGCAAUUGGACAAGAUGUUAAUUUAUUACGACCUUUAGUAACCGGUCGAAUAAUCGAUAAUUAUAUUGGACAAAAAAUAACCGUCAUAGGUUAUGUACCAAAAUCACAUCCAAAUGGCACAAGUUUUGAAUUAAAAGCAUCCGAUGAUCAAGAAAUCAAAGUUAUGUUAACCGAUCCAAUCAAAGAUUUAGUUUAUGGAUUAGUUGAGGUGAUUGGAGUGAGUAAAGGAAAUAAAACAAUCCUUGCUGAUGAGAUAAUUUUGCAUGAGAAUGCAAAUGAAUUCGAUACAGGAUCGUUAAAUCAAUUGACAGAAGUUUUAUCACAUGUGGAUGAUUUUUGGAAGUGUUCAUUAGAGAAUUAAUGUUAAUAAAUUUUCUU